GAGAGAGAGAGAGAGAGAGACAUGAAAAUAACACAUACAUUGACAUGUAUGGUGGUAAAAUGAGCAAAAUGGCAUAACGUGGCAUCUCUCAUCCUUCUUUUGCUUUUUCAGAAACCCACGGGCUAUAUUUGACUGACCAUCAUUUAUUGUAUUUGAAUCAAUUCAUGUAUUUAUUAUUAUUCAAUGUAUUCGUCUGAUUCUGAUUGGUAGCGGUCGUAUCUAGUUAUCACAGCCACAAAGUCAUAAUUAUGGUUUAACCCCGCCUAUGUCUACAAUUUACAUUUUCGAAAUUGGAUUUUUAAACCUAACCACCCUGCUGACCUUAUACAUAACCCUACCCUUAAAUUAAGACCCAUUUUUACUUUGUGGCUGUGGUAACUAGUGACCACGGUAGCCAGUGUCGUGACGUAUUCAACGUGCGACCGCGUGCAUGAAUUCGACACAAUCAGUCGUGAUAUAUUCCGUUACAGGCGUCUGGUAGGCCAGGCAAAGAGAGAGUACACGAAAGCUAGGUGGUGCAGGUAUCGGCUCAUUUGGGUAAAUACAUGUUGCUACAUAUUUGUGAAUUCAUUUGAGUCAGGCAAGACAAUACUAAACAUGCUGACGUCUAAUAGUGUGUGCUACAUUUUGGUUAGAGAAUUCUUUUGCUACACGCUAUGGUCCCAAAACCUUUUUGUGUGUUGUUGGAGGCUCUGACAUGACACGUGAGGGCUCGCUUCAAACGUGGUUAAAAUUAGCUAGCUAGCUAGCAUACCGGUAGUUAGGAUUCAUGGUAGCCAAUCAAAACAUUGUUGUGCAGUGUGUAACGUGAAGUAUAGUCAAAUAAGGCUAUGUCCUCACUCUGAAAUGACAAUGCCAGAGAGUAGGUAACACUGUUAGCUAACAUAAUUGUGUUUAGAAAUAGUUUUUGGUUCAUUUAGCUAUUUUGAAAACAAAACAACAUCUAAGGGCAUGUUUCGCUCAGCGUGUAGCCCGUCGGCUGAGGAGGCAAAGCAGGGCAAAAGGGAAGGCAAGGGUCAUGUCUCUGGUUUUCCUUCAUCUGACCCACCUGAAGGCACUGAAAUGGGGAGCCAUCCCCUGGAGACCUCGACCGAUCAGAGUCAAUCACUCAAAAGCUGUGAGUUCUCAGCCGUCCAAUCAAACUCAAGGCUAGAGCUAUUAGUCCCGCCCCCACUCAAGAGCAGGAAAAAGCACAAACCUAAAAUGGAGCCUUCCAUCAUCUAUGCUCCAGUCCUCCCUAGUGUAGCUAUUGGCAACCAUGGGCUUGAACCUGACUCUGAGUGCGUCCCUCCCACAGACAACACUCAAGCAAAUCUGAGAUCAGAUCUAAAGCAGAUCUCUGUGUCGCAUACCAGUUCUGACCUGUCCCUGAGUCAUUCCCCCUCCAUGCACUCCCCUUACUCUCCCUCCACAGUGCACAUCAAUAGACAGCCCCUCCCAGUCACACACGGCUCUUACCUCUGCUGCAGCCCUGUGGCACAGGUCUACGACCCAUACCCAACCCGUAUUAGACCCACAAAGCGUAGACAAUGCCGGAGAAAGGACCUAAGGGGCCUAAAGCUCACCGUAAAAGGAGUCUCCCCUCUCUCCAUGCGACACAAGAGGCAGUCACGGCGCUGGUGUAACAUCCAGUUCUGGUGCCAGGCGUGGCGGAAGUGGGGGCACAGGAAGUGGCGGAGAGCCAGGUGUCUCCUCUGGGUCUCCAUGAUCAGAGCUAAAAGACUGGAGAAAACCAGGAGGCUCCUCCUGUCUAUUGCGAACACACAGACGUCAAAUAAAUACACUGGGGAAUUGGAGGGAAGCCAGAAAUGGAAGAAGGUAGGAGAGGGAAGAGAAGUGGUCACUACUGCCAUUGGAUGUGAUGGUCAAGGCCUGGACAGUGCAGAGGACAGCCAGGCAAAGGGGUGCUCGGACCAGAAGGUGUGUCUGUCUGUGGGCACAUCAGUUCUGUGUGGCAACCCUGUCGAGGAGGAGGACCAGGGCAUAGUCAGAGCUGGGGAUGCGACCACCGCCACUAAACAGGCCACGUUGGCGACAAAGCGAGCCUUGCCAUAUCCACCUCAGAGCCAGCGGGCGUCCACAGAAGUCAGCUGGGAAGCAACAACGAAGCUCAUCCAUGAGUUUCUUGACUGCUUCUAUGUGAAGUACGGAAGUUUCAUCCCAUUGAGCAAGAGCGAUGUACUGAGGCACCUCAACAAGAAGCUGAACACUGACCUUACUAAGGGGAAGUCUUUCAUCUCUGCAGUAGUAAUGAAGUACCAGGCUGUCCUAGCGCAUAGACUGAUGCCCGCUUUCCGGGUGGUCUACAACAAGCACGCUCUGACUCUGGAAGAUUUGUCUACGCUGGACCAUCAGAACUGGCUCAAUGACCAGGUCAUGAAUAUGUAUGGAGAAUUAAUCAUGGAGUCUGCACAACACAAGGUCCAUUUCUUUAACAGCUUCUUCCACCGACAGCUCAUGACCAAAGGAUAUGAAGGGGUGAAGAGGUGGACCAAGAAGGUGGAUCUCUUCUCCAAGGCUCUGCUGCUGGUGCCCAUCCACCUGGAGAUCCACUGGUGCCUGGUGACGGUCGACACCGCCAGCAAGAGGAUCCACCUCUACGACUCCCAGGGCAUCGUGUUCAAGGAAGCUGCCGAGAAUGUGUUAAGGUACAUAAAGACGGAAGCGAGGGAGAGGAUGCAAACUGCAUUUCAAAGUGGCUGGAAGAUGUAUAUCAACGAGCGAAUACCACAACAGACAAAUGAAAACGACUGUGGAGUUUUUGUGUUAGAGUACUGCAGGUGCCUUGCUUUGGGGAAACCACUGCAAUUCUCCCAAGGGGACAUGCCGACGGUGCGUAAGAGAAUCUACAGAGAGCUCUGUGAAUGCAAGCUCCAGGAAUUACAAAAUUGACCUUUCACCUUUUCCUUUACACUCCUCCUCCGAAACCAUCCUCACGCACCUCACCGGGGUCAUAGUCAUUAGAGUACACUU